GUGUGUUAUUAUUUAGCUUUGUACUGGAGCACCUUACUCCAUUGUGCUUUCAACGGUUCGACAUCUGCAGACUAGCGACACACACCGUCCCAACCAUGAAGUCACAGGUGAUGACCAACCCUGAGGAAAUUGCCAGGCUCUACAGAGAACUCAGCCGAUUUCCUUCUUUAAGCAGAGCAGACGUGGGACCUGUCGUCACCUCUCAGUAUGGAGGCAAAUACAGCAACAUCUACACAGAAUGGAGCCAGCGUGAUCUGGACAGAAAUGAGAAUGUCAAGUUUUGCCGACAGUACAUUGUAUUCCACGAUGACAAGUCUGUUGUCUACUCUGGAGCCUCAGGAAACUGCACCGAGAUAAAAGGAGAGGUGCUAAGUAAGGAUUCCCCCUCAGGUGAAAUGAAAGCUGUUGUCAGAGAGUGCACAAUCAAAGGAGAGGACAAACAGUUUCUGGAGAUCUGGAGUAAAAACAUAAAGAUGAAGAGCAUCAAUCUAACAGCCUUAAAUAAGCAUGGCAAAGUCUAUGAAGAUGAUCAGUUUGGCUGCUUGGUUUGGUCCCACUCUCAGACUCAUCUCUUAUAUGUGGCAGAGAGAAAGAGACCUAAGGCAGAAUCUUUCUUCCAGACUUCAGAGUCACCAGGGUUGUCUUCUAUUGGAGAUGAGGAUGAAACCAUGAGACUGGAGAAAAAAGAGGCUGUGAAAGGGGAGCAGUUUGUCUUCCAUGAGGACUGGGGAGAGGCACUGGUUACCAAGAGCUGUCCAGUGCUUUGUGUUUUGGACAUUGAGGGUGACAACGUCUCUGUGCUCGAGGGGGUGCCUGAAAAUAUCUCACCUGGACAGGCAUUUUGGGCUCCGGGGGACACAGGUGUGGUGUUUGUAGGCUGGUGGCAUGAGCCUUUCAGACUUGGCCUGAAGUACUGUCCCAACAGGAGGUCAUCUUUGUUCUAUGUGGAUCUUACUGGUGGGAAAUGUGAGCAGCUGACAUCAGGCACCUGUGCAGUGUGCUCCCCCAGGCUGAGUCCAGACCAGUGUCGGAUUGUCUACCUGGAAUGUUCUGUCUAUGGACCACACAUGCAGUGCAGCAGACUCUGUAUGUAUGACUGGUAUACUAAGAAGACCUCAGUGGUGGUGGAUGUGGUGAAGAGACCUGGAGAGGAUGGCUUUACUGGUAUCUACAGCUCUCAGUUGUCCCCUCAGUGCUGGUCAGCUGAUAGUCAGCGUGUUAUUGUUGCUUGCCCUCAGCGCAGCCGCAAGGAUCUGUUGAUGGUGGAUACGAGCACUGGGAGCAUCACCUCUCUGACUUCAACAUCUGAUGUCGGUAACUGGUGCCUGUUGAACAUUGAGAGAGAUUUGAUGGUGGCCUGCUGCUCCUCUCCGAACUGCCCUCCAAGUCUGAGGGUGGGUUUCCUUCCGCCCAGGGAUUCUCAGGAGGAAGUGGUCUGGAUUACUUUGGAGGACUCUCAGACAUUGCCAGAAAUUGAUUGGCAGAUCUUGACUUUCACCCCCCCACCAGAGCAAGACAACAGUCAAUACCCCGGCCUUGAUUUUGAAGCUCUGCUGAUCAAACCAAAAGAGGUUGAAGACGGAGUGAAACUGCCUCUUAUUGUCACUCCUCAUGGGGGUCCUCACUCAGUGAUUGUAGCUGAAUGGCUUCUGUCUUCAUCUGUGCUGUGCAAGAUGGGCUUUGCUAUAUUACUGGUGAACUACCGGGGCUCUCUUGGGUAUGGUCAGGACAAUAUCCUGUCAUUACCUGGCAACGCUGGCGACCAGGACGUCAAGGAUGUUCAAUUUGCUGUUGAAAGUGUUCUGAAAGGUGACGAGUUUGACACACAGAAGGUGGCAGUUUCCGGGGGCUCCCACGGUGGUUUCCUGGCCUGUCAUCUGAUUGGCCAGUACCCAGGGUUCUACAAGGCCUGUGUGGCUCGAAACCCCGUCAUCAAUUUCGCCUCGAUGAUUGGCAGCACAGACAUCCCAGACUGGUGCAUGGUUGAGGCUGGCUACGACUACAGUCCAGACUGUCUACCUGACCCUGCUGUUUGGGAACAGAUGCUGAACAAGUCCCCUAUUAAACAUGUCACACAGGUACAGACACCAGUAUUGCUUACCUUGGGGGAAGAUGACAAGCGUGUGCCCAACAAGCAAGGAAUUGAAUAUUACAGAGCUCUGAAAGCAAGGCAGGUCCCAGUCCGGUUGCUGUGGUACACUGGGAACAACCACUCUCUCGCCAAGGUUGACGCUGAGUCUGAUGGCUUUAUGAACAUAGCUCUGUGGAUUAUUCAACACUUGUGUCAGUGAGGGUUAAAUAUCCGAUAAAUGCGCGGUGGUGCGCCAACGCUCUCGUUGCUGCCAGGAAAAGAGAGCAGGGCACUACUGUGUGUAAAGGGAUGUUCUGCUCCUGCUUCCAGGACGGUGUGAGGUCCAAUCCAAAGCCAAAGCAUUAAAAGUGCUCUCCAACCAGAACACACUUUGUAUAACUGUUCUUUACUUGUAAUCUAUCUGUGGCUAUGGUGAUUGCCACAAUUACUUCCAUUAAGUAGAUGUGGCAAUAAUAUUUUAACACAGCACUUAAAUAAAAAGCAGUUUUGAUUAAUCAGAAACACAUUUUAUUGAUAGUUUUUUCUUUAUACUUUUGCAGUACAAAACAGAAAAUAAAAGGGCUUUUCAGUGUGAUAGUUGUGUUUGAGGUUAUAUUAACAAAUUAAAAUACUUUCUUUUUUUUUCUCUGCUGGCACUUAUGGUUUAAAAAACAAAAAGACAUGAUACUUUUUUGAUUUCAUGUAUUUUAUGAUAUAGUGCACUUAAUAAAGUCAUUGGAAGUAC